AUGUCGAGGCCACCCGGCUCUCUUCUGUCAUGGCUGAGACCUCAUCAAUCCCUCUCACCAGCACCUCCCACUCUCCUUAGCUCGAGCGCGACGACCCGCCUCUCAGCGCGAAAAACACACCCGCCCAACAACCAAACCGCCCCGACAACAAAACAAUCAUUUCACAGUACUCAACCUCGACCCUGGCGGGGUCCAGGAGCGAGAUCUCCUGCUGCCAUGCGGGCACAAAAUCAGGUCACCUAUAAUGCGUGGGAAACACCGGCGGGGCCAAUGGACAAGAAUGGCUUCUAUUUGCACCUCCUGUCAGACAGCCACGAAGAGCAUCUCAAGGAAUUCCUACAGAAUGCAACGCCUCUUUUCCGCCUUGCUCUCAGUGGAAACCAGGUGCCGAAGGGAAUCAACUUCCAGAAAUUCAAGGAAGUGGGGACAAAAUUGGUCGUAGCUUCACAUCGGGCUCUGCCGAAUGCGCAAGCGAUCCGGGCGAUCUCUUCUGACGUGGAUGCGGUCUACCGGCUUGGUCAUAUUGUGUCUCACGAUGACCGGCCCUUCUGGGAAUGGGUCACAUCGUCCUGCGCGAUGGCGAAAGCGCGCAUCCCUCUUAUUAUUAUCACUAAAAGAAACAUGGACCACAUCAAAGUCCCUCCCCACACGGAGUGGACGGACGAGAUCAAGAAGAUGGCCACCGAAAGCAAAUUCCCGCCCGCCAUGUUGCUACAGGCGGAGAUUCUCCUUGCGCGCGGCCGGCCCGCAGAGGCAGCUAGCCUCCUCAAGGAACAUGUUCUUCCCUAUUGUUCUUCAACCCAGCGUGCGCCCACCUCGUGGGAGGACAUUACACUGGGCGGGCGGCUGAUCUCUCCCUGGAGAUUAUAUGCCACUUGUACAGGGUUAGAAGGCAACGGCGAGGCCAUGCAAAAGGCUAUUCGUACGGCGGCGAUGACGUACCAAGAGGGCCAGGCAUUAGCAGAACAAGCCACCAUGAUGCGCGUCCAGGGUGACAUGGAAGCGUACGAGGAGUAUAUGACCAAGGCUGCGACGACCGGCCUGGCAAACCCCUGCCUGUUUCUAGCCAACUUCUACCUGGCAACCGCCCUGGGAUACUAUCCCACCCGCGCCGAGCGAAAAGCCGGCACACCUCCACCGAAGAGCCAAAGCAAUAAAGCCGACGAGCAGUCCAGCGGCCCCAAUCUUGUCAUGGCAACCCUCAAAUCGAUGACUGGCUGGGCUUCCUCAUAUUUCAACCAAUCCAUGCCCCGCGAGAAUUAUCGCAAGCUCGCUGUCGACUGGUAUGAACUGGCCUACGCACACAAAAAUGCCAAAGCAGCGUUGAUCCUGGCGUUUCUGAUGCGCGAGGACGGCGACCUGGAAACCGGACUGCACUUGCUCGAGAUGGCGGAGAAGAAACCAGGAGAUAUUCAACGCCUGAAACCGGGUGAGGACUCGUGGCAUGCCGAAGAGUAUGCGCGACUCUGGACGAGAAGGAUGACGCAGAUGAAGCAGAGAUGGCAUGAGCCUAACCUUAAAUCUCCUUUUACUCGGGAUCUAUUGAAUUUGGAUUAA